GGUAAUGGCCGCUCUCGCUGUGUCGUGCCGAGUGUUCUAUUUUCUCCUCCAUAGCGGUUAAAUUAAACCGUAUAAUAUUUAUUGUAGACUGUAUAAAACAAUAUCAGCUGGAGAGGGCAGUUCUUAACGCCGCUGUGCCGUCUUUAAAGAGCUCCGGGUCGGCAAGAAUAUUCUCCAAUGGAUACUCCUGAAAGCCCUACCCAAUCCCCUCAGUCCCCUGAAGAGGAGGAGAAGGGCCUUUCUGACAGUGAGCUGCUGGAUUCUCCUGAUGAAGAAGAGGACAGGCUCAUCUCAGACAGUGAGGUAGUCCAUGAAGAGGAGAGAGAGGCGUUGGUCGAGGAGGACGAAGAGGAGGUGGAAAGCCGAGGAAGAGCUUCGGAAGUAGAAGAGGAGAGGGAAGAAGAGGAUGAGGUGGUCCCUGACUUUGUCUCUGACCCAGAGGACGAGGAGCCUGUAGAAGAAACAGAAGGGAUGGGACACGAAGAUGGGACCAUUAUGCUGAUGGAGGGGGAUGAAGAUGGUCCACAGGGGGACCAGUUGGAUGGGGAGGAGGACAAGGAAGGACAGGAGCAAGAGGAUAGAGUCAUUGACACCCCACAGUCCCCAGACUCCGAGCCAGAACAAGGCAGGAGCUUCAUGGCUGAAGAGGACGGGGAAGAUGGGGAGGAAGGAUACGGUGACUACCGAAAGGAAGCCUCAGCAGAGCCCGAGACAGCUGAGGAGGAGGAGGAAGACAAAGGCAAAGCCGAGGAGGAUGAAAGGAUGAGAGCUGAGGAGAGGAGGAGAGCGAGGGAGAUGAAUGAUGACUCUGCGUCUGUUUCCCGGGAGCUGGACGAGCAUGAACUGGAUUAUGAUGAGGAGGUCCCAGAGGAGCCCACCAUCCCUGCACACGAGGAAGAGGAUGAUGAGGAAGAUACCAAAGCAGAGGGAGAAGAAGAGGAGGAGAGUGAGGUUAAGAGCAGUAAGAAGAAGGAGAAAAAACCCAUCCUCCCCCCAUCUCCUAAAGACAGUGAGUUCAAGAGGACAGAUGACUCGAAAGGGCCUGAGAGGGUGCGCAGGGAUUCCUUCAGAGACAAGAAGAAGGAUGAAGAUGACGGAGAGAUCGAUGAAGGAGAGAUUGAUGACGAUGACCUGGAGGAGGGGGAGGUCAAAGAUCCCUCGGACAGGAAGAUCAGACCACGUCCAAUCUGCAGGUUUUUCAUCAAAGAUAUCAAGUGGGCCGGACCUGCAGUGGAAGAGCUUCCCCCACCCCCUCCUCCAGUGGAGCCUCCUGUGGAGAGUGCCUGGGAGCGGGGUCUGAGGCAUGCCAAAGAGGUGCUGAAGAAGGCAACCAUCCGUAAGGAGCAAGAGCCAGACUUUGAGGAGAAGCGUUUCAAUGUGACCAUCGGAGAGGACGAGAGAGAAUUUGACAAAGAGAAUGAUUUCUUCAGGGAGCGCAGCUACCGCAUCAUCAGAGAUGAAAUGGACUUCAGAGAUCCUAUAUAUGGUGACCCAUAUGCUGAUCCAUACUAUGACUAUGAAAUGGAGGCCCUAUGGCGAGGUGGCCAGUAUGAAAACUUCAGAGUGCAGUACACAGAAGCUCCUCUUCCUUACCACUACAAUGAGCGUGAACGCGACCGCGACCCUCGGGAACGCCACCGGGACAGAGAGAGGGAGAGAGAUCACCGCGAGAGGGAGCGCCGGCAGAGAGAGAGGGAGAAGGAGAGAGAGCGCGAGCGUGAGAAGGAGAGGAUGCGGCGGAAAGAAGAGUGGGAGAGGGACCGGAUGAAGCGGGAUGAGAAGGAGAGGCCGAGGAUGCGUCCUCCUCGAGACGCCAGGGAAAAGAAAGACGAGGACAAACUGAAGCCACGCUCUCCCCUCAGCCUGCCUCCCAACAGGCCGAUGGAGCCUCCCUCAAAGAAGGAGGUUGUUCCAGUCAUGAGGCGACCAGAUGAGUGGAAGGACCCGUGGCGUCGGUCCAAAUCCCCCAGAAGACGCCCCGGGCUGGGGUCCCCACCAAGAGGCCGGCGGCGACAUAGGCCCUCAGGCUCCUCUGUCUCUCUCUCCAACUCCUCCAGGUCUUCGUCUCGCUCUUCAUCCUACACAGGCUCUGGGUCAUCUCGUUCCCGCAGCCGCUCUUCCUCAUUCAGCUCCUACUCCAGCCACUCCUCCCAGCGCAGCUCCUUCAGUGGCAGUCGUUCUAGGUCUCGAUCCUUCUCCACAUCUCCCUCACCGAGUCCAGCAGCACCCAGGAAUGCUAAGAACAAACCAGACCUUCCACCUGUGUUAGCUAAAGGAAUGCCGCUGAAGCCGGGUGCCAUGCCCCCUCCUCGCAGGGACAAGCCUCCCAUGAAGAAAGCUCCCAGUCCUCCCCCACCUAGUGGACCGCAGGGAAGGCCUUCCAAACCUCUGCCUGAGGGAGGGAAGCCUCCCACUAAUCCCAGAGAGCCUGGAGGCGCAGGUGGAGGGCCAGGCAGCGGAGGAGGAGCGGGUAGACCCCUGCCACCACGGGAACCUGGGAAACCUCCCAACCCCAGGGAAGAUAGGCGGAAAGAACGACAGCAGCGUCCUCCUCGGAGGCGAACUGUGAGUGGGAGUAUUAGUGGAAGUGGUAGCAGUUAUACUGGUUCUAGCUCUAGAUCCAGAUCCAGAUCCUCCUCUAACUCUCUGUCACGCUCACGCUCUGGAUCCAGAAAAUCCAGGAAAUCCAGAUCGCUGAGCGUGAGCAGCGUGUCAUCAGUGUCAUCAGCGUCAUCCAGCAGCAGCUCGGUACGCAGCGCAGACUCAGACGAUAUGUACGCUGACCUGGCCAGCCCAGUCUCCUCCGCCAGCUCCCGUUCACCCACACCAAACCACCCCCGUAAGGAGAGAGGGCCUGUGCGGGACCGGCCUCCACAUGGCAGAGACAAGAACAGGGAGAGACCAUCAAAGAAAGAUGAACCCUUCAGAGAGGACCGCAGGAAGAUUGACCUAUCUGGUGCCCCGGCUAGAGGAGGCAACCCCAUGCCCAGAUUAGGUCCUGGUAGCAGGGGUGGCCACCCUGUACAUCCCCCACCCGGGACCAUGGGCCCCCCAGGAAGCUAUGGAGGUUCAGGUUCCCACAAAGACAUUAAACUCACCCUGCUCAACAAGCAACAAGGAGAUAAGGGCAACAGGAAGAGGUACCUUCCUUCAGACAAAGACAGGCCAGGUUCCCCCCUCAGCAAGAGAAUGGCCAUGUCUCCAGACAGAGGUGAGAAGCGUGUUUACUAACAGCCUACACACACACGUGUUCACUCUGACACAAAUACAGACCAACUUGUGGGAACAAUACUGGCUUUUUAUCAAGAAUCAGGUAUUUGCUGUUGUCCAUCCAUGAUAUCAUUCAGCCUACAUUAUCUCUGGGAACCCUUUUACCCAAAUUAAUUCUGAUGUGACAUUUUACCCAGAUUCCACACAUGUACACCUGUUUUACAAGUACUGUUAGUAGUAUCAGUAGUAUAUUCUGGACCAGGAGACCUUUAUAAAUAGACAUUUUGCUAACAUUUAUUAAUGAUGUUGCGAUCUCUGAUCAUUUUUGUAUGUUUGAUGCAACAUUAAUGCAAAUAGGUCUAUAAAUUCUUACUCUGCCGGGUUUAAUACUUGCUAAAUCCUUUUAUGGUUUUAUCUAUUAGUCAUGCCAAGCAUUAGAUGGCUUCAGCUCGGUAGAUUUGAGGGCUCGCUUCUCUGUUUAAUUUGCUAUUAAUUGGACACUUUGCAUUCAUUUUAUUUUCGUAUAGACUGAACAAUUAAUAGAUAUUCCUUAGAUCAGGGCUCUCAAACUCAAAUUGGCUUGGGGCCAGGGGUGGUAUUGGCAUCUCAUAAAGGGCUACUUCAGCGCCCAAGUACUACAAGAAAGUGAAAUAUUUCAUAUCCAAUACUUAUACAAUAUCAUAUUUCAUUAAAAAUGCAAACAGCAGUUUCUGUACAUUUUAUGUCAUCAUUGUGUAUUUUUGUUCGCAGCCAAAGAACAAUUGAAGGCCGUAAAAUCUAUUCUGUACUUACCAGCUGUUUGCACGCAUUUACAGGCACCUUUGACCUUUACCAUUAUUUUCACCAAAUGAAACAAAAUUUUGAAAAAAUAGAAUUAUGUUUUUAUUUUCAUUGUAUAUGAUGGGGUAGUUUAAAUUGAAACAAAACUACAACAAAUUAUUUAAAAAUAAAUAAUAUCAGUCCUAUAGAAACAUUAUUGUAAUGAUAUCCACUUUAAUAUGACUAAUAUGUUAAAUAACAUGCAGCUUAAAAUCAAUUCAAAUGAAAACAUUUGGAACUUUUUAUAUUUCAUAAAUAAUGAAAACAACCAUCCAAAACCCAAAAUAUUAGACCACAUUGAAGACAAUGAAAAUCCGCAAAUAUUUCCAUACCAGAACCAGGAACCAGUAUAAAAUAAAUUCAUUCAAUCUAAUGAACAGUACAUUAAAUGGCUCAUGAGGGGGUAAUAAUAAUAAUAAU